AUGAUUGUUCCGUCUCAAGCUUACGCAUUUGAAUUGAAGUUACACCAACACAAUGGAGUAGAUGGAAAUUGGAGACCGGCUGACGGGGAUGCGCCGGCAAGUUCUGCUGGCGCACCCGCCGCAUGUUCCGAAUGCAAACUACUCAGGCAUGAGGUUCAACAGCUCAAAUCGUGUAUCCAGACGAUAUUUCUCGUCUUAUCACAAAAUGGCGUCGUAGGAGCAACAUCACCCGUACUCGGUGCUUUAUCUGCAGCACCUACUCUACCAACCGUUCAACCACCACCACCAACUCAAUCGCUUGGUUCCACUCGUAAACGUCCUGCACCUCCGCCACCGCCACCACAGCCUGAAUGCCCCGUCGCGUUGCGUCCGAUUACUUCAUGUCCAACAUUGUCGUCACCAUUUAUGCCACAUUGGACUUGGUUAAUGCCGGGAUUGAUGCGACCACCGUCGCCAACACUACCGGCACCACCGUCCCUUGAGGCGACAUCGACAACUCAGCAAGAACAUGAACCGACAAAAUGGAGUAAUCCGUCCAGCGUGGAAAGUAACGGGCUAAAAAACGACCAUACUGCCGGCGAACCUACAAGCAUCGACAUCGUCGGAAUGGAUGGAAGUGAGUCCUCGACAUCUUCGACAUCUACACAGGCAAUGCUUACAUCACCUGCUGGCCAAGCUCAGCUGCCUGCGUAUCUAAAGGACCCACAUCAUCCUAUUUUUCCAUUUCCGCAAAAGUCUGCAGAUUUGUCGCAGUCAUCGUUUUUGUACGGAAUGGUGAAGACUGAACCACCAGCUUCUCGAAGCGCACCAGUUGCUGCAUCAAUGCCCAUCGGACACGUUCAUUCCAUCACUACCCCUGAACGCAAGCAUAGGAAACAACAAAAUGAUGAUUAUGUGAAGCUGAUACGUGAACAAGAUCUUAGUGAUGAACGAAUCAGUGCUAUACCUAUUCCUGUGCCACAGGCUUUAAGCCUUGAUCCAAAUUUCCGUGCUGUAUCCGAACAGCAAGUGGUGCAACAGGUGAUUCAGAAUAAGCGAUUUGAGGAGGUAGAUGUGCGCGAGUCAAUGACACAUUUGUGUAAAAAACUGGCUGAAAAACGAGUAUUUGGCUCGAAAUUGAUGGCAGAGACUACGGUAGCAGGAUUGAAUCAUUCGACGUUUCCAAAUUUGCCGAUUGAAGGCAUCAUGUAUAUACAACAUGUUUGCCGCAAAGUGUUAGGUGAUCGUUUCUCGAGUGAUGACGACUUCUGGGAGAGUCUGCGCGACUCUAUGCGCAAAUUGGCGGCGCGAUGCCGUCGCGUGCGCCAUGCCAAAAAGACGAAGAGUUCUCGCGAAGAGAGCGUUUUGCUGCCGAGUGAACGAUCAUGUGUUUGGCCGGAAGGCAGCGUAGCACAGACACUGCAGAGCUUAAAUCUACCAACAGAAAAGCCAACACACUCAGUGCAGACAAUACCAAUCGUUCCUGAUCGGAAAAAACAAGUGGCUGACAUAAGCGAUGUAAAAUUAGCGGAAACACUGCAAAAUGGACUGCAUGCGCUGGCCACUGCUACGCUUGGCAAUCAGGCUCUUCCUGCCACACUGGCCGAAAUGUCGUCAGCAUGGUCGCUGCUGCAGCUGCACAAAAACACCGAACCCCUACUACAGCAGCGCGAUUUGCGCUCGGACGACAUCUCGUCGCCCUAA